CCGUUAUAGCGCCAGAGGGGUGCUCCGGUGGCUCGGAAGAAGGACACACAUGCUAGCUGCUGUUUAAGAUGAAAGAACUUUAUACUGCCUAUAUUGUGUCUGCGCCGUGUUCUCUCGGUAAACUCCCAAAAGAAAAGUGGAUUGUUCUCCCGGCACCACAGUCAUCAUGGCUGUAGAGAAGCAGACGUUGAUGCAGCACGUGCUGCGAUGCGAUUACGAGGCGUGCAGGCAGUACCUGAUGAGUCUGGAGCAGGCCAUGCUGUUGGACCCGAGCCCUCACGCGCUGGACGCUCUGUUGGGUCACCGCUGCGACGGCAACCGCAACGUCCUCCACGCCUGCGUGUCUGUCUGCUUCCCCGUCAGCAACAAGGAAACCAAGGAGGAGGAAGAAGCCGAGCGCUCUGAGAGGAACACGUUCACUGAGAGGCUGUCUGCGGUGGAGGCUAUUGCUAAUGCAAUAUCAGUGGUGUCCAGCAACAGCUCCGGGAACCGCACUGGAUCAUCUAGCAGUCGAGGCUUGCGUUUGAGGGAGAUGAUGAGGCGCUCUUUACGAGCCGCAGGUUUGGGUCGUCAUGAAUCCGGACCCUCCUCCAGCGACCACCAAGACCCCGUUUCGCCCCCCAUCGCACCCCCCAGCUGGGUGCCGGAUCCUCCACCCAUGGAUCCCGACGGUGACAUUGAUUUCAUCUUGGCCCCUGCAGUGGGCUCGCUUACCACUGCCUCCACAGGCACCAGUCAAGGACCCAGCACUUCCACUAUACCAGGGCCCUCGUCUGAACCGUCAGUGGUCGAGUCUAAAGACAGGAAGGCCAACGCUCAUCUGAUACUCAAGCUAAUGUGUGACAGCGUCGUUCUGCGGCCUCACUUAAGAGAGCUGCUCUCUGCUAAAGACGCUCGUGGAAUGACUACAUUCAUGUUGGCAGUGAGUGGGAGGGCUUAUCCGGCAGCCAUUACUGUUUUGGAAGCAGCCCAGAAAAUAGCCAAAGGUGAAUCAGGUCUCGUAGAGAAAGACGACACGGCGUCUGUGUUCAUGGAGAUGAUCUGUCCUUCAGGCACCAACCCGGACGACUCUCCUCUUUAUGUCCUCUGCUGUAAUGACACCUGCAGUUUCACCUGGACCGGUGCUGAACACAUCAACCAGGAUGUCUUUGAGUGCCGGACCUGCGGCCUGCUGGAGUCAUUGUGCUGCUGCACUGAAUGUGCUAGAGUUUGUCACAAGGGUCACGACUGCAAGCUGAAGAGGACGUCUCCCACGGCAUACUGCGACUGCUGGGAGAAGUGUAAAUGUAAGACGCUCAUCGCCGGACAGAAGGCGGCUCGUCUGGAUCUGCUCUAUAGACUUCUGACCACCACUAAUCUAGUUACCACACCUAACAGCAGAGGAGAGCACAUCUUGCUGUUCCUGGUCCAGACUGUUGCUAGGCAGAGUGUGGAACAUUGCCAGUAUCGACCGCCCCGCAUCCGAGAGGACAGGAACCGCAAGGCUGCCAGUGCUGAAGACUCUGAUAUGCCCGAUCACGACCUAGAGCCUCCUCGGUUUGCUCAGCUUGCUCUAGAGCGAGUGUUACAGGACUGGAACGCCCUCAAGUCCAUGAUAAUGUUCGGCUCUCAGGAAAACAAAGACCAUCUGAGCGCCAGCAGCAGAAUCGCUCACCUCUUACCUGAAGAGCAGAUGUACCUGAACCAGCAGAGCGGCACCAUCAGACUGGACUGUUUCACACACUGUCUAAUUGUCAAGUGUGCACCGGACAUCACAUUUAUUGACACGCUAUUGGGGACUCUGGUAAAGGAACUACAGAACAAAUACACACCUGGCCGUCGAGAGGAAGCAAUCAACGUCACACGCAGGUUCCUGCGAUCUGUGGCCAGAGUGUUUGUGAUCCUCAGUGUGGAGAUGGCUUCUUCCAAAAAGAAAAUCAACUUCAUCCCUCAGCCCAUCGGGAAGUGCAGGCGUGUGUUCCAGGCUCUCUUGCCGUACGCGGUGGAAGAACUCUGCAAUGUGGCAGAGUCUCUGAUCGUGCCGGUGCGCAUGGGCAUCACCCGCCCGACAGCGCCCUUUACUCUGGCCAGCACCAGCAUUGAUGCAGUUCAGGGAAGCGAGGAGCUCUUCUCUGUGGAACCCCUCCCUCCACGACCCUCUCCAGAUCAGUCAAACAGCUCCAGUCCGUCGGUUUCCUCAUACAUCAUCAGGAACCCUCAGCCCAGACGCAGCAGCCAGUCACAGACGGCUCGUGGACGUGACGAGGAGCAGGAUGAUAUUGUGUCUGCUGAUGUAGAAGAGGUGGAGGUGGUGGAGGGUGUUGCAGGUGAGGAGGAUCACCAUGACGACCAGGAGGAGGCAGGGGAGGAGAAUGCAGAGGCUGAAGGCCACCAUGAUGAGCAUGAUGAGGAUGGGAGCGACAUGGAGUUGGAUUUACUGGCUGCUGCUGAGACUGAGAGUAACCAGGACAACGCAAGUGGCCGUCGGAGUGUCGUGACGGCUGCAACCGCUGGAUCUGAAGCAGGUGCCAGUAGUGUUCCUGCAUUCUUCUCCGAAGAUGAUUCUCAGUCGAAUGAGUCAAGCGAUUCAGACAGCAGUAGCAGUCAGAGUGAUGAUGUGGACCAGGAGACGUACCUGCUGGACGAGCCUUUAGAAAGGACCACAGGCUCAGCGCACGCCAACAGUGCGGCACAGGCACCUCGGUCCAUGCAGUGGGCUGUCCGCACCACACCCAGUCAGCGUUCUUCUGGAGGAGCCCCGUCCAGCUCAUCCACACCUGCUGCGAGCUCCACGGGGCUUAUCUACAUCGACCCAUCUAACCUGAGACGGAGCAGCGCGAUCAGCACCAGCGCAGCCGCUGCGGCCGCAGCCCUGGAGGCCAGUAACUCCAGCAGCUACCUGACAUCUGCCAGCAGCCUGGCCCGAGCGUACAGCAUCGUCGUCCGACAGAUCUCUGACCUCAUGAGUCUCAUACCCAAAUACAACCAUCUGGUCUACUCCCAGUACCCCGCCGCUGUCAAACUAACCUAUCAGGAAGCAGUCAACCUGCAGAACUUUGUGGAGGACAAAUUAAUCCCCACCUGGAACUGGAUGGUGUCUAUUAUGGAUUCCACAGAAGCUCAGCUGCGGUACGGCUCGGCGCUGUCCUCCGCUGGGGAUCCCGGUCACCCCAGUCAUCCGCUGCACGCUUCCCAGCACACCGGCCGCAGAGAACGCAUGACUGCACGUGAAGAAGCCAGCCUCCGCACCCUUGAGGGUCGACGACGUGCUGCGACUCUUUUGACGGCUCGUCAAGGGAUGAUGUCAGCGCGUGGAGACUUCUUGAACUACGCUCUUUCUCUCAUGCGUUCCCAUAACGACGAGCACUCGGAUGUUCUGCCUGUGCUGGAUGUGUGCUCGCUCAAACACAUGGCUUACGUCUUUCAGGCCCUCAUAUACUGGAUCAAAGCCAUGAAUCUACAGACCACACUCGACACCACACAGAUAGACAGGAAGAGGAAUCGUGAGAUGCUGGAACUCGGCUUGGAUAAUGAAGACUCUGAGCACGAGAACGAUGAGGACACCAAUCAGAUGCUAUGUGCAAAAACAGCUAACGUGCAGCCCUGCUCCACAGGCUCCACUCUGCAGGAUAAGGACGAGGAGCCGGUUCCUGCCGAGACCGGACAGCACCAUCCAUUCUUCCGCCGCUCUGACUCCAUGACCUUCCUGGGAUGCAUCCCUCCUAACCCAUUUGAAGUUCCCCUCGCCGAAGCGAUUCCUCUGGCUGACCAGCCUCAUCUCCUGCAGCCCAAUGCUAGAAAGGAGGAUCUGUUUGGACGGCCGAGUCAAGGUCUCUAUUCAUCCUCAUACAUGGCCAGUAAAGGUCUGACAGAUCUGACAGUGGACAUGAACUGCCUGCAGAUUCUGCCCACAAAGAUGUCAUAUUCUGCAAACAUGAAGAAUGUGAUGAGCAUGGAGUCUCGACAGAGGGGCGGGGACGAGCAGACCGGCACAGAGCAAGACAUGGAUACAUCUAAGCCAGGCCCCUCCCCUCAUGACCUGGCCGCUCGGUUAAAGAUUGGCCUCCUGGCAGAGAUUGGUCUGACAGAGAGCGACGGCCCACCCCUGCCCACCUUUAUUCCUCAUUGCAGUUUUAUGGGGAUGGUGAUCUCUCAAGACAUGCUGCUGGGCCGCUGGCGUCUGUCCCUGGAGCUGUUCGGCCGGGUCUUCAUGGAGGAUGUGGGAGCAGAACCAGGAUCGAUUCUGACUGAACUGGGAGGUUUUGAGGUGAAGGAGUCCAAGUUCCGGCGAGAGAUGGAGAAGCUGCGGAACCUGCAGUCACGUGAUCUGGCGCUGGAGGUUGACCGGGACCGAGAGCAGCUCAUCCAGCAGACCAUGAGGCAGCUGAACGCUCACUUCGGCCGCCGCUGCACCACCACACCCAUGGCUGUACACCGCGUCAAAGUGACGUUCAAGGACGAGCCGGGAGAGGGCAGCGGUGUGGCACGCAGUUUUUACACGGCUAUAGCGCAGGCCUUCCUGUCCAACGACAAGCUGCCAAACCUGGACUGUGUGCAGAGUGUCAGCAAGGGAAUGCAGGCCAGCAAUCUUAUGCAGCGGUUGAGGAACAGAGAUUGUGAGCAUGAGAGAAGUGGAGGACUUGACCGAGACAGGGACUUGAGGAGGCAGGUGUCGAUUGACACACGGCCGUUCAGACCAGCCUCUGAAGGAAACCCCAGCGAUGAGCCUGAACCCCUGCCGGCUCACAGACAGGCUCUGGGAGAGAGACUGUACCCCAGAGUACACGCCAUGCAGCCGGCGUUUGCCAGUAAAAUCACUGGAAUGCUGCUGGAACUUUCUCCCGCUCAGCUGCUUCUGCUUCUGGCCAGUGAGGACUCGCUGCGAGCUCGUGUAGAAGAGGCCAUGGAGCUGCUCAUCACACAUGGAAGGGAAAACGGUGCUGACAGUAUUCUGGACCUCGGCCUCCUAGAUGCUCCUGAGAAAGCACAGCAGGAGAACAGGAAGAGGCACGGUUCUACCCGCAGUGUGGUGGAUAUGGAGCUGGAUGACCCUGAUGAUGGAGACGAUAAUGCUCCUCUGUUCUAUCAGCCUGGCAAGAGGGGCUUCUACUCUCCUCGUCCAGGCAAGAACACAGAGGCUCGGCUCAACUGCUUCAGGAACAUCGGCAGAAUACUUGGCUUAUGUCUGUUACAGAAUGAACUUUGCCCCAUCACUCUCAACAGACACGUCAUUAAAGUGCUGCUGGGCAGAAAGGUGAACUGGCAUGACUUUGCGUUCUUUGACCCUGUGAUGUACGAGAGCUUGAGGCAGCUAAUCCGUCACUCUCAGACUGAAGAGGCGGAGGCCGUGUUUGCUGCCAUGGAUCUCGCGUUCGCUAUCGACCUCUGCAAAGAGGAAGGAUCCGGACAGGUGGAGCUGCUGACCGGUGGGGUCAACAUGCCCGUGACCCCUCUGAAUGUGUACGAGUAUGUGAGGAGAUACGCCGAGCACCGGAUGCUGGUGGUGGCUGAACAGCCUCUGCAUGCCAUGAGGAAAGGUCUUCUGGAUGUGCUUCCGAAGAAUGCUCUAGAAGACCUGACGGCAGAGGACUUCAGACUGCUGGUCAACGGCUGUGGAGAAGUCAAUGUGCAGAUGCUCAUCAGCUUCACCUCUUUCAAUGACGAGUCAGAAAAGCCAACUCACAAUUUCGUUCCAGGACAGCGAGUACUUGUGAGAAGUCUGAAACCAACAAAGGCUGGAGAACCGAAGUACCACGGUCCGGCUACAGUGAUUGCAGUGACCAGGACAGGAGUCCUGACUGACUAUCAACCACAGUGGAUACAUGCUUCUAGGUUGAAGCACUGUUCUUCAGGAGAGCCGGCAAGCUCCAAUUUACAAUAGAAUCUCUAAAGGGGAUUCACCUUACUGCCGACUAAAAUGAUAGGGGGGAGAAAAGCAUUGAUUAAGCUGAGGAAAGAACUACCUCUUAUCAGGUGGGAGCCACCCAAAGCAAGAAGAUAUAUGGCCCAUUCAGCCAAACAGUGCUGACUCCAUACUUACCCCUAUAUGCACUAAGGGCCAAAUUCUAUUGAUGGAUAUACCAUCUGUUGAGUCUUUUGCUGAUUGUACAGUGACUGAAGCUCUCAUAGCGUUCACUGAAGACAUUGUUAGGACAGCCAAGGAGGUGCUGGAAGAGCAGCCAACCAUAGCAAACCUGAUACUACCAAGACCAUAUCAAAACAGAGUAGCACUGUACUUGUUCCAGCUUAACGAAGGGGAACAGCAAGUAUGUAAGUUUUAUGGCUAGCAAGAUGCCAACUUCAACAUUGCCAUUGCUGAAAGUUCCUUAUUUUUUGACUCUUGUCAGUUUUGUUUUCUGUUUAAAAAGUUUAUUUACGUUUAUGUUUGUAAAGAUAUAUUUCUGCUAUGCCUUUGGCCUUAAUUGGGAAAAUAAAAAGUCCCAUCAUCACAAAGUUUGACUUUGUCUGCUUGAGAGUGCCAUAACAUCAACCUCUAAACGACUGACAACGACUUGCCUACAACAGACCAAAGAAAGUUUUGAAUGUCCAUUCUCACAUUUAGAUGUGACGGGAUGGUUUGGGUUUGUGGAGAAACUGCGUAUUGUUGAGUAAAGUAAGGAAAAUGCAAUUGUCGGGGCUUGAGAAACUAUAAAAGACUGAGAUGAGAUGAUUUCAUCAGAUUCUGAUUCCUCGGAACAGUCUCUCCGGUGCUAGAUGCCUACUGGGUUGCCUUGCGCAUUGGAUUGAGAUUUACAGGCUUAAUACUUUUAUUUUCUUUGAUACAAGUAUAUUAAUUGUAACCUUGACAAUUGUUAUAAUAAAACUACAAGUAAGUCUG